AUGGCGAAAAAGAAAGUAGAAUUAUUCUUAAAUAUAAAUAAUGAAAAAGAGUUUGAAUAUAUCCUUGCUCAUAUCACGGAUAGACUUAUUUGUGCUGAUUUAUAUUCUUCAUUCGCUGGACCAUGCACCGUAUUGGAUCAUCUCUUCACACGAAUCAAACUGGAUUGGGGAGAUGGAAAGAUUGUUUUAUUAAGAGUUUGUGUGGAUGACAUUCAAUCUCUAAAACGGUUUCGAUAUCAAAGCGAGCCCAUGUUUAUAUUUGUUGUAAAUCAAAAAAUAACAAAAGUAUUCCGCGGAGUAAAUAACAUUCUUUUUGGUGAAGUGGCAAAAAAAGAAAUCGAAUAUUAUAAAAGAGAACAAGAAGGUAUAUCAGUAGACAGAAAGGUGUAUGACUUAGAUGAAGCUUCGCCAGAGGAACGGGAAUGGCAAGAAAAACGUGCAUUAGAAAAACAAGAAGAGGAAAUGGUAGCUAAGACUCUGAGGGACCAGCGUCAAGCAGCUCGGAAACGUCACAGAGCUGAGCUGAUGGUCCCCCACUUGAAACAUCUGAACUUUGUACUGUACUGGCCUCAUGCGAAACACGCUCAUCCCGAGUUAUAUGAGAGAUGGGAUAUAAAUAAUAUAAUAAUGAUAGGUCGUGAAGAGAUCCAGUUGUCUAAGGAAACCGCAGAAGAUUUGCUUUAUAAUGGAGACGCUCCACUUAACGAGGCGUCUUUACAUAUGCUUCUUUCUGGACCCGCUCUUGCUAUUUGUUUUAGAUUACUAGAUGAGGAUAAGCAUUUUGUGUCCUUGGUACGUAAAAUACUGUACGAGGAAAAAAUGCCGUUAGACGAAACAAGACCGCUACAAGAGCAACUUCCUCCAAAGACUGCUUUUGAUUUUUAUAACACCUUCAGCCCUUCUAAAGAAGAUGUUUUGCGUCAGCGUCGUGAAGAGAAAUUAAGACUAAAAGAAGAAGUGUUAGAAAAAAGAGCAAGGCGUUUAUCAGAGAUGCAACGUUUAGCGAGACAAGCUAUUGAAGAUGCAAUACAAACGAAACGAGCUCAAAGAGAACAACGAAAGCUUGAACUACUUAAGGCUGGCAAUUUAUCAGCUUUGGAAAAGCUUCGACAAGAGCCUGAAGACGAUACCGUUGAUAUUGUUGUACCAGAGGAGCUUUCGGAUGAAGAAGAAGAAAGCAGUGAGGGGGAAAAUGAUUAUGAAUAUUUCCCACCCGCCGGUCUCCUCAUACCAGGAUUUUAUGCACCUCCGAAUGACGUGGCUAAAACAAACGGCUUGGCUAUAUUAUUUCCCACGUUGGUAUUAGAGCAUGUUACUCCGGAACCUGAAUUUCUUCCACCUCACGUUGCAGUGAUGAUUGAUAUGACUAAGCGAUACAAAGCUAUAGAAGCUGUAACGUGCUAUAAGAAGGAUAUAAUACAUAUGGGAAUUUUCAAAGGCACUAAUCCUAACAAUGCUACCCUUGUUGCACAUAGCAUCAAACAGUUUGAAAGGAGGAAAAUAUUUCAUAAUUUGGAGGACUUAACAGUGGCUUUCAUGGUGUCUAUAAAAUCCGAUCUAGCGUUAUUGGAGCUGACUCAGCUGAGUCCAGUACACGUCAGCCGGGACUCGGUAGCUGGUGAGGUUGAAUGCGCAAAACUAUUUCCUGUUGACUACGGCGAUCAUUGUAAUGAGUUUGAAGAUUUCUUUAAAUAACUUAUGUAAAUUGUGGUUAUAUUACAAAGUAUAACACUUUCGAGCCUAAUUAAGACGUUUUAAUGUUUUCAAAAUAUGUUUGUGUUAAUUAAAGUUGUUAAAAUAA